UGGGUUGUAGCCCACAUUGCCUUUUCCUCCUUGAAAUUCCACUGAUCACUGCUUUGAUCUUGCAUUCUUGACGAUGGCGUUCUCUCAUGCGCGACGCACCUUGGCUUCUUCACUCCUCCGAGCUAUUUCUUCUUCUUCUUCUUCUUCUUCUUCUUCUUCCUCGUCAUCGUUUUCUACCAUGGCUUCUUCUCGCUCUCGCAUCGCAUUUGCCGUACUCCCCAAACAAAUCCCACUGCUUCCACGUUCCCUGAAAUUCCCAAUUCGUUUCCAAACUUCGGUGUCGGAAUCAGAAGAAUCGCCCGCUGACGACAAGCCUGAGGACUCUGAGGAACCUAAGGAUUCUAAGGACUCUAGCAAAAAGAGUGCGCCGCCCAAGGAUACCAUUCUUCUCGCGGGCUGCGACUUGAAGCACUGGCUUAUUAUCAUGGAUUUUCCCCAAUCCCCGAAACCCUCUGAAGAGGAAAUGGUAAACACCUAUGUUAAGACCCUCGCCGAAGUUGUUGGAAGUGAGGAGGAAGCCAAAAAGAAAAUAUACUCUGUUGCUACCGUUACGUAUACAGGUUUUGGUGCUGAGAUUUCCGAAGAGCUUUCAACGAAAGUUAAAGGGUUACCUGGUGUUCUUUGGGUAUUGCCGGAUUCAUAUCUUGAUAUUCGCAACAAAGAUUAUGGUGGUGAUUUAUUUGUUGAUGGGAAAGUAAUCCCUAGGCCACAGUUCAGGUAUAAAAAGUCUGAAAACAAACAACCAGACGAAGGUGAGAAUGACAGGAACAGAGGAAGACCUUGGGAUAGAUCACGGAAUGAAGGGAGUGUACCUACUUUAAGGCGCGGCAACAGAGACCGGGGUCGGAGACCAUGAAUAGCUAUGACUCAGCUUCAAGUAGGGGAGAGAUCGAAUAGAAUUUGAAGCCGGAGGCCAUCUAUUUAUUAAAACCAAUUUUGCUGUUGGAACAAAUUAAGGUCGGAGACCAUGAAUAGCUUUGACUCAGCUUCAAGUAGUGGAGAGAUGGAAUAGAAUUUGAAGCUGGAGACCAUCUAUUUAUUAAAACCAAUGUUGCUGUUGGACCAAAUUAAGGACCUUUGAUCUUAUUUUUCACAUGAUCUUCAUUGGUGAAUGGACUAGACCUGCACUUGAACUGCAUUUAAUUAGGACAUUAACUACCAUUAUUACUAACCAUGCGUAGAUGUUGAAUCGCGUACGAAAAAUGAUUUUGUUAUUUACCAUCUUUGGCAUGCGAUUUAGACCA